AUGAACGCGCUGACCACGCUGAUGAAGACGUCACGCAUGUUUACAGCGACGUCGUCCGUGAUGAUGGAAUACCUGGAGUGGUGCCUGCUGCUAUUUAAUCUCUUCAUUAUCUGCCCAGGUGCCCUAGUCAUUGAGCCCAGCUUUGACGUACCGGUCGUCAACGUUACAGUCAAGGAAGGAACCACAGCCAUUCUGCCUUGUUCAGUUAAUUUCUUAGGCCAGUACCAGGUUGUCUGGACUGACCAGUGGUCCAUGUUGUUGACGUUUGAAGAUCGUCGUAUAAUUGAUGACGAGCGCCUCAGCAUCGAGCGCCCGUACACGAAGGACUGGAACCUGCACAUCAGGAAGGUGAAGUACAAAGACCAGGGACUGUACAACUGUCAGGUGAACACGAGUCCCAUCAAACUGAAAACAGUCCACCUCAAAGUACAAGUUACUGCCAAAAUUAUUCCUCAACUGUCUUCAAACGACAUGACGGUAUUGGAGGGAGAUACGGUGACCCUGACCUGUAACGUGUCGGGUAUCCCCAUGCCGACGGUCACGUGGUACCGCCACACGUCUGACAAAGCCGACGACAGCGCCAAAGAGAGUGAGUUCUGCCCUGGCACUACCAAGAUCGGCACCAGCGGCGAAGUGCUCGUCAUACACAAUGUCAGUCGCUACUGCGACGGCAUCUACGAAUGUGAAGCCUUCAACGGUGUUCCGCCAAAAGCCACACGACUGAUCCGGGUAUCUGUAGAAUUUCCACCCGAAAUUCGUCUUCCAAAUAAGAAGAUUGGGCAGGAAAUGGGGAAGGAUACCAUAUUAGAAUGCAUUGUUUCCGCAAACCCUCAAGAAAUUACAGUGUGGAAGCGGAACGACAUGGAAAUCCACAAGAGUAUAAAAUACCGCGUGGAGAUUUACGAAGAGGGAGAUAACACCAUAACGCUUAGUCUGCGGGUGAGAAACCUGGACGAGACCGACUUCGGCAAAUACACCUGUACGGCGUCCAACAUCCUCGGCUCUGACGAAGAAAGCAUGAUUGUAUAUGAUUACUCCAUGCAUAAACUAACCACGCCCACAACGAUUAGAACGACUGAUGUCAUAGAGCGACAACCAAUCAUUAACAAGUGGAUGUACCCCGAUAUUUUUGUCAACGGAAGAGAGGAAAACGUCCACGAACACAUGCUGGACUGGUCAACAAUGGGGACUAAUAAAAAGAAUUUAAUAUACGGUGCAUCAGGGACAGCUCUGGGUUCACGGAACAGCAGUGGUUAUAGACUAUUGGCAUCUCGCAUGCUCAUUCUAACAUCAUGUGGAUUCGUCUUCCUCCGCCAGCUGAUUCUGAAGACAUUGUGA